AAUAGCAACUAGGUGGCGCUGCAUUCCACUUCCGGUUAUACUUAAGCUACUUGCCGACUUCUUCGACAGAUGGUUUAGUACAUAUGUACAACUGUAUGACAUUUAAGUGGAGUGGAUGCUUAUCUGAAUCUCUACUUCUCCUUCAGUGAGCAUCCAAGUGCAAGAUGAUUUAUCAAACGAUGAUAAGUCGGACAUACGAUGGCCACCCAUUGACGGCCAAUACUGACACAUCCAAUCAUCAUCAGGGUUCAGAUGUAAAGGAAGGUCUGAAAAACAUGAAAUUUUUGUCAAGAAUGGCUGGUCGUUUUCAGGAUAGGUGUUCAUUUUAUUUGGAUGCUGUAUGUGUACAUUUCAUAUCUGCCUUGGGCCUGACCUACCUUGUUGUAUGCGAUGCUUCAUACCCACCUGUACUUGCUUUCUCCUUCCUUGACGAGAUACAGAAAGAAUUUCUCAAAAGCUAUGAAAGAAACAAAGUGGAUGCAGUUACCAGACCAUACAGUCUUAUAGAAUUUGAUAUGUCCAUGCAGAAGGUAAAACAGAGAUACAACAACCCUCGGUCAUUGACUACUAAACUAAACCUGGCAGUGUUGAGUGAAGAACUGAAGCUACGACCUCCUUACAUCAUCAGCCCUGAGCAGCUUCGGCCAUCUGAUAACUCCUACAACAUAGAUAACAACAUCAAGUCCAACACAUUCGCUACAUCAGCAUCACGUUACAAACAUGGAAGUUAUGUGCCUAUGGGUCUAAGAACAGUGCUUGCUGUUGGACUGAGUUUAUUUUGUGCUGUGCUAAAUCUGACACGGGGCCUUGCAGUAAUCAACGAUGCUCAUAUAGAGGACUACGACAGUGACCAUUACCAAUAUGCCGCCACAUUUAUUCUAAACUUCAUACUCCUAUUAUAUCAGGUAUACCUCCUGUGUGUGCCAGUGAAGACGCGCAGACCACUGGCAUGUGCCACACUGUUCAGCAUUUGUCUUUGUCAGCUUUACCUCUGGGAAUAUCGCAAUAACUAUCUCAUCAUAUUCCACUUCAUUGUUGCUGUUUUUGGAACAUUUGUAAUAUUUAAACGCAAAGUACAAGAAAAACUUCCACAGUAUACAUUAUGAUAUGUACAUUGUAUAUAUUGUAAUUAAACCAUAUUUUAAUUGGUCAGUGUUCAUUUUUGCAAUAAAUAUAGUUCAACAUUAAAGUUUGUACAGAAUGUCAAACAGUUGUAUUAUCUGGCGUAUUCAUAUCCAAUAAGGAUGUUCCUGUUUAUAUCAUUAUACCCUAACAACCUGAGGUGUCGUCAGUGUGGUUUUAUGACAGGAAUAUUUUAUUUGGUAAACCACUUAUAAAGUGUAUCUAUUGACCCUAUUCCAGAUGUCCUCCAAUGGUUUGUAUAGACCUAGACUUUUAUGUUAUCUUCUGGACUCGGUACCAAGUACUGCCAUCAGUGAGACUGUUUUAUAAGUACUAUUGUCUAGUCAAUGACCAGAGUACAUUUAAAGUAAUAAUAUAUAAUAAUUGUAUCACAUUGAAGUCUGUUGAGGAGACAAGAAACAUACAAAGUGACUAGUGUUGUUUGAAUGGUUGUUUCCUGGUUAAUAUCCGUGUAACUUCAUAUUGAGUAAAUAAAGCCAUAUUUUUAUGUUAUUUUGUUUACUCUGACUUAGUAUUGUUUCAUUUAGAGAAGAUUUCAAUUCAGUUUGAAGGACAUUUUUGAGACUUUGGGGCCAAUUAUAUAUAGAAACAGAUUUUUCAUAAAUUACUAUUCAUUAUCAAUUCAAUCUGAUUAAAAUCAUAUCUUGCACUCCCGUUUUGUAAGACAUAUUGGAGUGUAGCUUACUAUACAGGAGCAUAGAUCAAGAUAUAAUUUUAAUAAGAUCAUUAUCAAUUUAACUUUGAAUAAAUUUGUCUUGAGAGAGCCGAGUGGGGCAAAGUUGUUUAUUUCAUCACAUCAUUUAAUGGAGGCUGUUUAUAUUGAAUCAGUUGUGAUUUUGGAGUAAAACAUUAAGGUGACAUUACCGCAUUAUUGCAUGAUAACAGACAUGUAGAAAUGAUUACAAGCAGUCAGAGGAAACAACAUUUUUUUAUUGGAAAUAUUACCAGGUACUGUUAUAUGAGAGAGUGUUUAAACGAUCAUAUAUCCAUGUCCAUAUCAGAUUUCCUAUAAUGAGUCCUGCUUUCCAAAGUCUACUCUUUAGUUUGGUAGAGUUUUUCUCAGAUGAGACCAUUAUCUUCAGUCACAUAGAAGUUUAUACAGGAUCUAAGUUGUGUAACAGUACUGUGACUAUGGAUAGAAGUUUAUACAGGAUCUAAGUUGUGUAACAGUACUGUGACAAUGGAUAGAUGUUCGUUUUACUUCUCAGUUUAUCAUAGAGAUAUGUUUUAAAUUACAUUGUACAGGGUUUGUAAUUAUAUUGUAUUCCUUGAAUCGAUGUCCUCACCAAUCUGUUUAACAAAUUGUUCCGUGUUAUCUUUAACCCUGGUAAAUACUAGCCGCAGUAUACUGCUUGGCCAGAAAGAAGUUAUUGUAGCUAAAACUUUUAAAUACAUUGUCACAAGACUAGUAGUGCAGAGGUCCUAAGUUCAAAUCCUAGCAGAGCGGUUGAAAUAAAUUUAAUUAAUAAUUACCUCUGUUACAUAUAUAUGACAUUAAGUUGUGUUUUUUAGAGGUCAACAUGUCUCCAUUUUCAUUUUCAAUUUUGUGUUAAAAGGUUGUUGCCAACAAAUGUUUAUUUAUGAUUUGUUUGGAUGAUUACAUAAUGAACCGACAAAUAUUAAAACUAUUUUUUGAUAAAUUCAUUAUUUAUUUUUAUUAAGCAAGGAAAAGUGGAAGAAUUUUCUGGACAAUUUGGAUUUAUUUUUUACACUACCAAUAUGUGAAUUGUAUGGCAUUGAAAAGUCUUUUGCCAGAUAUUACAAUUGUAGCUUUAAAGCUAUAAAUACCGAUGAAUCAUCUGUUUGAAAUCAGCUGUUACAUGGCUACGUUUACUAUGUACUACACCUGAUGUAGCCAUAGUACGACUACAUGUACGUAGUAAAUGUAGCCAUGUAACAGCUGAUUUCAAUCAGAUUGACAAGUGAACACCUUAUAUCAAUAUGAUGCAUGCCAAAUGUUAUUGGAUCUGGAGAUUUUUUUAUGAUUUAUUAAAUUAUAAUGUUAUUGAUAAUAAAUCUCCUAUUGCAGUUAAUUCUAUGAAUUUUUUGUGGUAAAUAAUAUCUACAUCAUAUCAUUAUGAUCCAUAGACUACCCAUGCAACAUUUUAUGAACCAUUGACUUAGGUGAUAGGUCAGUGUUGUACGACACAUUGACUAAGUUCAUAUGUCAGUGUUUUAAUACCCAUUGACUAAGUUCAUAGGUCAGUGAUUUUGUGACCCUAGAUUUAGGUUAUAGUUCAGCAUUUAAUAACCUAUUGACCCAUGUCAUAGGUCAGUGUUUUACUACCUAUUGAUUAAGGUCAUAUGUCAGUGUUUUAUGACCUAUUGACCCAUGUCAUUGGUCAGUGUUUUUUACUCAUUAACAAAUAUCAAAGGUCAGUGUUUUAUAAGCCAUAGAAUUUAUACUUUAUGACCGACAAGGUUGUUGUAAGCAUUUAAUUUUGGUGCACAGUGGCAUAUUAAUGGUGCGCAUAGAGAUAUUGUGUUCUUUUUGAAGAUAAAGACAAGACUUUUACCAUGUUAAUGCUUGUGGAGAAGGGUAUUAUUGAGAUUAAAACAUUUUGCAUGAUUGAAUAAGAUUUAAUUGUUUUUUUUAACAUGUUUUUAAAGCAUAAAUUAAUGAAAUAAAAGUAAAUUGAAUUUUGA